AUGCAUUCAGAAAAUUCUUUGCAAAGUAAUUCCAAUAUUGAGCUCCAAGAAUUUUUCAAUAAAUUCAGACCCAAAUAUUGGGCAUAUAAUUUGUAUAUAGAGCAUGCAUCAUCCUUAAUCAAAAAACCAGACUUACGUUCUUUAAAUUCAAUAUAUGGCAGGUCUCUUAGAGGUUUUCUUGAACAUGGUACAAAAGAAGAAAAGGCUUGUGCAAAAACAUUACUUGAUGAAUAUGAAAGUUACAAGCAAAUAAAAAACAAUGAAUCAUGGUACAAAAGAAAUUUAAUAUUAAAUGACGAUUUAAAUAGUGAUCAUAAUGAUGAGGAGUAUGGAGAUAAAGAUGCAAAUGAUAAUAAAAUUGUUGAUUAUUAUAAAAAAACAAAAUUUGAUAAUACUUUUAAUAAUGAUUUCAUCCAGAAGCUCAAUGAAAUAUAUAAUAAUUGUAAAGAUCCAAGUGAUCCAAUAAAAUUUGGAAUAGUUGAUCUUACGAACAAAUCAUAUGAAAAAUAUAAAGAAAACUUUAGCUUGAAUCAGAGUUAUUCCAUAUUUGAUGAUGUACAAAUUAAUUAUUGUUUAAAUAUUUUUAAUAAUAAUUAUAGCAUUAAAGAAUUUACAGAACAUAUAAACAAAAUAGAAUAUUUGCGUGGGGCUAUUGAAUAG